CUUAGAAAACUGAAAAUCUAGAACACCAAAGAAUGAAAUCUUUAUAAAUUGAAGAUUUCGAGAUGUAAUCUAUAGGGGAUUUAUAAAAAUAGAUGAGAACAAGAGCUUGACCGUCUCAACAAUAAGAGAAGCAGUGUUGAGUACUUAACUCGAUCUCCUCGGCUUCUCUCUAUACUACAGGAGGACGCCAUGGCUCCGUCUGCAGCACGAUUCAUAGACACGGCCUUCGCCCGCAGCGGCUCCUUCUCCCUCUCCUACACACACCACAGGCUCAAGUGGCUCAUCCGCGCCGACCUCCUCGCCCUCUUCAACGAGUUCUCUUCCCUUUCCCCCCGCGCCGACCACUUCACCGCAGACGACGGCGCCACCUUCUACCUCCUCUCCGCCACCGGCACCAUCGCCUCCACCCCCUUCACCAUAUGGCUGCCUCCCACCUACCCCUUCGCCCCUCCCCUCGCCUUCCUCUCCGCCACCACCGCCGUAAUUCAAGACCACCCCUUCGUCGACAGCACCACCGGCGCCGUUCUCACCCCUUACCUCCUCUCCUGGAAAUACCCGUCAUCCAACCUCCCGGACCUCGCCCGCAACCUUCAGCGCAUCCUCCGCCUAUACUCUCCCCUUCCCCCCUCCUCCGCCACCGCCGGCCGCCGUCCCCCAAAUCCCUUUCUCAUCUCGAAGCAAGAGGCGAUCGAUCGGCUGGCCCUCGCGCUCUUCUACGACGUCGCGACCUUCCGCCGGCAAUCCACCGCCGACAUCAACGAGCUCCUCGCCCGGCAAUCUCUUCUUCGGGACCACUCCCAGCAGCUCGAAGACGCCAUCGCCCAGCUGGAGUGCGAGAGGUUCUUGCUCCAAGAGAGAACCGAGGCCGUGAAUUGGCGGUCAGAGAUGCUGCAGGACUGGUUGGAGGAGAACCAGGCGGUCCGCGGCCUCGAGGCGGAGGUGGAGGAGAUGCUCGAGUGCGUGGACGGCGAGUCGAGGGUGGUGCUGGAGAGCUCCGCCGCUGACCUCGCCGUGGAGGACGUGAUGGAUCGGUUGGACAGAGCACUGCAAGAGGGGAGGAUUGAGCUCGCCCCCUACAUGAAGCUUGUGCGCUACUGGGCGAAGGAGCAGUUCUUCUGCCGCGCCAAGUGUACCAAGAUCAUGCGGCACAGGCGUCCAUCCAUGGCGACUUUAUCGAUCAACUGACUGAAAAUUUGUUAAUUACUCCAUUUUUAUCAUCAAUCACAGAAUGGUUUGCAUCA